AUGCGAGCUGUUAAUUUUGUUCAGAGACUGCAGUGGGAUAUUAAUGGCAAUGUCCUGACUCAUGGAAUUGUCAUCGGUGACGUUGAUAACGAUGGAGACAAUGAACUAGUAGUUGGAACUUCUGAAGGCGAGCUAUAUAUUUUUAAAGGAACCGAGGUCUGGCACAAGACAACUGGAUUAGGUUUAAUAUCAUGUGUUGCCAUCGGUGAUAUUUUUAAUUACGGACGCAACGCACUUGUUGUAGUAUGUGGUGAUGGCUGGGUCCAUAUUUAUUACAGUCCACGUUCAGUUAAUCCUAGUACAAAUACUAUCACUAAUUCACAAGUUAUUAAUAAAGAAUUUUUAGACAAAAUUGGCGGGAUUAAUUUUGAUCAUUUUUCAAAUACCGUUGAAUCGGAUCAAUUAACAAGUAAAAUGGAGUGUGUCCAUUUACAAAGAAUUCCUACAAAUACAAAAUUUAUUCUUAUCGCAGAUGUAGACCGUGAUGGCGCUAAUGAAAUGAUUUUAGGAUUAACAGAUCGUGUUGUCAGAUCUUACAGAUGGUCUAGUAAUGCUGAUUUGGGUACUGGUAAACUUAUUGGAUUAAAUAAAUGGGAGUGUGCUAAUCAAAUUGGUACUGUAACACUUCAGCACAUGAGUGAUGGUACCCCAACACUAUUGGUCGCUCAACCAGGUGGUACAUUUAUGCGAAUAAAAUGUAAUCGUGAUGACACUGAACUGAGAGAUGACGAUUCAAAAAAUGAAGCUGCUGCCAGUUGCGUUGAUUAUCAAACAUUAGGAAUAUCACGAAUGCGCAAUCCAAAUAUUUCUACUGCAAUCAUAGGAAAUUUAGAGCCAGGUACUACUAAAUACGUAGUCUCCGACGAGUCCCCGCCAAAGUUUGUCCCAAAAGACACUAGUGUUAAGCAGACGUUUGAAAAUACAACGAAGGAGACGAAAAAAUUUAAAACAGGAUCUCUGGAAUUCCGACGUAAUUACUCGCAGCUGGAUAUUAGAAAACGGAGUUUGGAUGAAAGUACAGACGUUAAAAGACAUGAUAUGAGUCCGAGUAUUCGUGAGCCCACGAGAGUCGAGGAAGGGAAUCCAGGUGAAGUUGAUCAAGUUGAUGGUAAUGUACUAGGUGGAAAUAUUAUCAUGGGAGAGUUUCAAAGCAGCCGGCCAAAAAAAUCCAUUUUACCAACGUAUGAUGAUUUUUCACACAUCAAACACAGCAAUGAAACAACUCGAGUUGAUGUUGAUGCCAGUGUUAAAUUAAAUGAUCAAGUUAUCAAUAGUAAACCUUAUGCACUGGCCACUCUUGAUGGGACAAUUAUGCUAGUCAAAGAUGAAAUUAUUUUAUGGGCUAUGCAAGUAGAUCACUUGAUAUUUGCAUUGUCGCGUUUGGAUGUAACAGGCGAUGGCUCUGACAAAAUAGUCGUCUGUGCUUGGGAUGGACACACUUAUUUUCUUGAUCAAGAAUGCAAUACCGUACGUUUUCAAAUCGAAGAACCAGUAAGAGCUUUUUGCGCUGGGAAUUAUAGUUUGAGUGCUGGCACAUCAACUCCUAGUCUCGUUUACGCAACUUUUACUAACAAGAUUUUUUUAUAUUAUGACGUUGUGCUUCCAAGUAUGCUCGCAAAAGGCCUAGACCCACUUGAGUCAUUAACACCAGAGCAGAAAAAAUUUGUUGACAAUUUAAUCGGCGAUUGUGCAGCCGCCGAUAGAGACAAAAAGAUGCAACAGCUUACAGAGUAUUUAUUAUAUGGAAUGAAGAUUGACGAUGAGUGAUUAUAUGAUGAUAUUAAUUUUUAAUUGAUAUAAAAUUUUAUACAGAAAACAAAUAUAAAUAUAAAUAUAUAUCUAUAUAAA